AUAAAAAAGAACUGUGACGAAUGUAGGCCCAUCAUAUUUACUGAGGAUACGUUGAAAUAUCCUCAUAGAUAUUCUAUUCGAGAGGAACUUUUUAGGUUUUCAUCAGUGAUAGGACAGAAACGCGGAAUAUCUAUCCAGCCGAUCAGUAUUUAUAUUCGACUUGCCAUGGAGGCCAUGUUGAAGAAGGAGCUUGGAACCUCAAUGCUGAAGUAUACUGGAUACUCUGGAGGGGGCUGUAUCAGCGAAGGCCAGAGUUAUGAUACUGAUAAUGGCAGAGUUUUUGUGAAGAUAAAUCACAAGAGUCAGGUUCUUAAUUUUGUUUUUGUAUGCAUCACAUGCACAAAUGCUAUCACAAUAAAGGCGAAACGGAUGUUUGAUGGGGAAAUGGCAAGUCUGGAUGCUAUUUUACAAACAGAAACCAUUAAAGUCCCGAAGCCUGUGAAAGUCAUUGAGCUGGACACAGGGGGAUCUGCGUUUGUCAUGGAACACCUGGACAUGAAAGGUUUGACAAAGUACUCCACACAGCUUGGAGAGAAAUUGGCAAAUCUGCACCUUCACAACAAGAGAAGUCUGGAUAAGCAAAUGAGAGAACAACAAACCGUAGGAAAAGGAGCAGGGCUUUCUGAAAUGCCUCUCGUCGAAAAAUAUGGGUUCCAUGUCGCUACUUGCUGUGGUUACCUUCCACAGGAAAACGAGUGGCAGCAUGACUGGGUGACGUUCUACUCCAGACACAGACUACAGCAUCAACUAAACAUGGUGGAAAAGUCUUGUGGUGACAGAGAAGCAAGGGAACUAUGGUCCCAUCUACAAUUGAAGAUCCCGCAGCUGUUUACACAAGUGGAGGUUGUACCCGCCCUCCUCCAUGGAGACCUAUGGGGAGGCAACGUGGCCCAGACCACAGAGGGACCAGUCAUAUUCGACCCCGCCUCCUUCUACGGCCACACUGAGUAUGAGCUGGGCAUCAUGGCGAUGUUUGGUGGUUUCAGCAGCUCGUUCUACUCCGCAUACCAUGAGAACGUUCCAAAGGCUCCUGGCUUUACGCAGAGAAACCAGCUCUACCAACUUUUUCACAACCUCAAUCACUGGAACCACUUUGGCGGUGGCUACAAGGGCUCUUCGCUCCGAAUCAUGAAGGACCUUGUGAAGUGAAGGCCUCCUCCGUGGCACUAGGGGAAUAGCUUGUGACAAAGGAACAAAGUACAAAUGUGGAAGAUUUCAACCAGCUCAAAGCUUUAAAUAACCUGGACAUAUCUGUACCAAAUGCUGUUCAAUAGCUAUUUCGAUAAUUGGGUCAAUAAAAGCUCAUACUUUAAAACUA